GUCAAGGGCGACGUCACCUUUCAAUGUCGAUGUAAGACGUACGGGGGACAGAACCAGUGCGAGGUCGCCGUUCGUGUUUAACCGGUGUGGUCAGUAUGUGGUUCGUGAGGUGGCUGUUCUUAUUCGUGGCUGCAGGGAGGUGCUGGAGCGAAAAUUUCACUUUUCCCGUUCCGGAUCGGAGCAAAGAACUCAACAGAACUCACUGGAGAGAUCUGGCUGCCAACGAAAUUCAAUCCAGGCUCGCUCGUGAACCAACAAAAAGCAAGGCGCGCAAUGUGGUUAUAUUUCUCGGCGAUGGAAUGGGCCCUUCCACCGUGACGGCAGCACGGAUCUACAAGGGCCAACGUCGGAGCAAACAGAGCGGCGAAGAAGGGACACUGGUUUGGGACAACUUUCCUCACGUCUCUUUGUCAAGGACUUAUGGACUUGACGUGCAGACCUCCGACUCUGCUAACACAGCCACAGCGUACCUGUGCGGGGUGAAGGCCAACUACCAAACUCUCGGUGUCGACCACAGAGUGAAGAGCGGCGAGUGCCACAGCGACAAAUCGACCCACGUCUCCAGUAUUAUGACGUGGGCACAGAAGGAAGGCUUGUGGACUGGCAUCGUGACGACGACGAGAGUCACCCACGCGACCCCUGCUGGAACCUACGCGCACUCCGGCCACAGGUGGUGGGAAGCUUCUGUUCCCAAGAAAUGCUCGCUUAACGAUACUAAGGACAUUGCCCAGCAAUUGGUCCAGGACAGUCCAGGCUCCAACUUUCGCGUCAUUUUAGGUGGCGGCCGAAGAAAUUUCAUAAACAGCACGGAAAAGGACGAAGAAGGUCUUCCCGGGAUACGCAAGGACGGCAAGAACCUCAUUGACGAAUGGAAGAAGUCAAAAACGGGGAAGGGGAAUCACACUUACAUCUGGAACAGGAAGCAGCUUUUGUCCGUGAACCCUCUGAAGACGGACUACCUCUUAGGUCUCGUGGCAAACGACCACUUGCCGUACGUGCUCGAACAGGAGAACAGCACGACUUCCGCUCCGACACUACAAGAAAUGGCCGAGACAGCGAUCAAGAUUCUCAAGCGAAGCCCAAAAGGAUUUGUUCUACUAGUUGAAGGAGGCCUAAUUGAUCGUGGUCAUCACAUCAAUAAGGCAUCAUAUGCUUUGGAAGAGGCCGUUGGACUGGAUGAAUCAGUGUCGUCUGCUUUAGAGCUUCUGGACGUGAAAGAGACUCUGAUGGUUGUGACUGCUGACCAUUCCCAUGUCUUCACUAUGGGUGGCUAUCCGGAACGCGGGAAAGACAUUCUCGGUGUGUCAUCCUUUUCGGACGUAAACCACUAUCCUGUAACAACGCUUGCGUAUGGGAACGGUCCAGGAUAUAACGAGACUAAAGCAAACUAUACCGAUGCCGAAACGACGCGGCCUGGUUUCUCACAGAGGUCGGCAUUUCCCUUGCGGCGAGACACACACGGAGGAGAAGAGGUCGCCGUGUACGCUGUCGGGCCCUGGGCCCACUUGUUCUCCGGUGUUCACGAUCAGUCGUACAUACCUCACGCUAUAGCGUACGCCGCCUGCAUCGGACAGUUCUCGGGUGCCCGGUGUCACACAGCCACAGAGAGCCUCAAAUCGUGAUCGACAACUGCCGUCGACAGUGACAUUACGAAGGUUUAACGGGGCUGUGACCAUUGGCGUAGCGAGAGGGGGUUUCUGGGUGUUCGACCGCCCCCCCCCCCGUAAUCGUACCUUUGGUAGUGCAUUUGGGAGAGGAAAACGAGGGGAAAUCCUCCUCCCCCAUGUAAAGUCCCCAUAGAACCCCUCCUGAAAUAUUUUUCUGGCUACGCCGCUGGUUGUGACGCUUUGAUAUGUUUGGUUCAUUACACUCUGAGGGGAAUGAAGGCGUAACUUUCGGCCUUUUGGGGACUGGAUGGAUUGCCACAAGCAUUAAUCCCUCUAAAUGCCGGGAAAGUUAUGCGGAGUCUAGGGAUUAUUUGCAGUGCUGGGGGAGUAAAUUUCAAUGCCACGUGGAUAAAACGGAAAGUAGUUGCAAUCUAGGGAACCAGAAGCUGUAACAGCUCCCAAAUUUAUUCCCUUUUCCUUAGAGUGUACUUACAUCACGCGUACCGAAGCUUUGAGGGAAAAAGUGUUAUCUUUCUGGAUCUAGUGGUAGGCGAUGUACAGACCCUUGAACGCCCACCUGCCUCCAGCUCUGAACGUCAGAGCAGCAAGAGCCUCACACAUUUUCAUGGGUUGUCGUAAGCACGUGACCUCUCCGGUAGCCGCCUGAUUGGCGGAGAUGCCCCACGUGGUGUCGGAGCCGGUAGAGUCUCGUUAUUCGCCGCGGAAUGAAAGACGUCGUUAUCUUGGCAGCGGUACAAAAGGAACGAGCUUUCCCUCUUAUCAAGAAGCGUAGUCAUGCUGAACGGCCUGUCAUUGGUCUUCCUCAAACGAUUCGUUCAAUCCUCACGGGAGAGGUUCACGCAUUCUUUCUUUUACGUAUUUAUUGUGCCUUCCUCAUACUUAACGCCGUAACUACCGUUAAUUCACAAGUCCGAUGUACAGCCCGUGUUCACCAUAAUUAUCACUAAAGCAGAUCACGGAAGCCAUUUAUUCUUUACGAUCGCCCUCUGUCGUUAUCCACGUCAUCAGCGUGUUCGUCAUCGAGGUAGGACCAGGGCUAGCUAGCGUGGUGAAGAAUGUUCAAUGCUGCAAUAUCUGUUUGAUGCCUUUGAUCAUCAUCUGAAUUUCAUCAUGUUCGAUUGCAUCAUCAUCAUCAUCAUCAUCAUCAUUUCCAUUCACUGCCAUAAGUAUCGUUCGAAAUAAACAAACUUUUAUCCUCUA